UUUGUUAAAAAAUAUAUUGACAACAUCAAUCAAAAAUUGUUUAUUAUAUUUUUGUUUGGAAAUAUCAAAAUUUCUCGUACAAAAUUAUUCCGUGCCGAAAACCUAGUUAACAAUGUUCUAAAUUUGUUGAAGCGAGGAUAUAGAAUGUUCAAUAAAAAAAGUCCAAUUAAGUCUGGACACGAGCCGGGCUCCUCUUCUCCGAGAGCAAAGGAUGGGCUGCCCGAAGUGGCCGUUGCCGCUAUCGCCUCCUACAAAAAGCAAAAGGAAGUUAGUGACUUUAUGAGCUUUUUUCUCGAGGCCCUCGAACGUAAUUCCGAUUGGCUUAACGGGGUCGUUGUCAAGCAGUCUAACUUCAGAUGCGCGCUGAUGGUCGGAGCCGGGCCGAAUCGAUUUCAACUGCAGGAAAUAAUUUACCCGGCUGAAAAGGAGAUCAAACUGCAAGUCGAGCAGAGAGAUUCGGAAGAUUACGACAAGAUAGCUAUCGCUGCGCUGUUCAAACUUCCAAAUGCUGAGAUUGAUCAUCUUUUGAAGUAUAUUAAAACUCGUCUAUAUGAUAAUCUGCUUUUAAAAGAAGAUUUACUUAAAGGAAAAGCUAUGGGUAUAAGUUACGCGGUGUUGAGGCCUUUCUCUGAAAAGCAAUAUAGAGUUAUGGAGAGAAUAGUUAUGGGAAGUUCUAUGAAAUGCGUGGUUCCCGUAAAGAAACGUAGACGAGAUGAGAAAUCGCUCGCAAGAUCCCCCAUAAAGAGGGCUAAACGCGUUUUUUAGUCAUUAAAAUUAACAAACGCCGUAGAGUAACUGAGGGUGCUCUUCCUCUGGUUACGGUCUACCAUUAUGUAGAUCCCGUUAUACAGGUUAUAAUGACAGCUAUUUGGGGUGACUGUGAAAUGAGUCGAUCAUGGAAAAUUAUAGUCAUUUGUGCAUCGAUAGCUUCCGAUUAACAUUGAUUUAUACGUAAAUAUGUCUCGUAUAAUAAUAAUUCAAAAUGAUUGCGGUUAAUUCUAUAUUAAUUUUAAAGCCAAAAUAUAAUAAUUGGUCACAUAUCGCUGAUGUAUUAACAAUUUAUUCGAGUUGCAAAACGGCACCCCUUUUCAGACUGCUUCACAAAUCAAUGCUCUCAGUAUAAUAACUGUGUGUAUGAUGUAAGAACAAGCAUUCGAAUCACCGCUCUACUUGUCACAUGCAAACAAUAAUGGCUUUGAUUUGGUCCCUUUCCUAUGAAUUCUAUUCAUCUUUCAUAGCGGGCUUCCUAAGAUCAAUAUCAAGUAAACCAGGCCAGUCGUGCGCGUUAUAACUUGUAGCAGAACGUAUUAUAGUUAAUAAAGGAGGAGCACUUUCUUUUCGAGUGCCGACAAAAAGCAUCAAUAAAGUGUGUUUUGAACAUACAAUCUGAUCUAGAUCUAAAGGCAUUCUCAUAAAGUUCGCUUUGCUAUGACAACGCCAGUUUAUUUAAAAUUUGAUUAAUGAUGCGUUAGGGUUGAAUAUCAUAUUUUUUCAAUCGCCAUAGUGGGUGUUGAGUCUAUGAUUAGAUAAAUAAAGCUGUAACUAUAAGUAUUACGUAAGUGCUACUUACUUAUCAUAUGUUAAAUUUAUAUUAAAAUAUUGAAAAGGUAAACAAUUUAGUGGAUUACUACAAUUAAUCUAAGGUCGUACGUAACAAAUACUUAAUAUUUGAUCGAGAUAUCCUUUGGGAGCUUCUUAAAAUCAGUCAAAUCCUGUGGAUAUACUCGUCUAUGGAUGCUCAAACGUACUGUAAAAUAGAAAUAGUGACAUAAUUUUUCGCCAAAACAAUCGCAGUAUCUUAGCUAAUGAAAUAAAGACAUAAGGAAACUGUUCUCAACUUUGCCAUCAAGGACUUUAAUGGUUCUGAUUGUAACCGCGUCCAUUCAAUAAAUUAUUAGAAAAUACUUGCUUAGAACUAAUAUUGGAACUAACUCUAAGGAACUGAGUUGGUCUUUAUAAUGGUACAGCAAAGUUUUGAUAUAAGGUUGGCCGUUGUUAUAUAAUAUUUUUGUUUUUAUACAAAUACAUAUUAUAUAACAAGUAUAUAAAACUGGGAUAUUAUUCUAUUGUUAAUGUAUCUAUAGUUAAGACAAUAUGUUAGAUAAAUCUUACUUAUAUUUAUUGGGAGAUGUGACACAUAGUGGAAAUGUCUUUUUUUAUGUCUCGUAAUAUGUCAAGAGAUUCGCUACAGAAGCUGUUGGUAGCAUAUCUUAGAUUUGCUUAAUAAUAUAUAAAUCAAUUUGAAAUAUAGUUCACAGUAAGGGUCACUCCUUGGCCCUAUUUCUACCGACUUGGGCCAAGGAUUAGGGGCCGCUGACCGCAGCGUAAUUGGCGUAAUAGUUAUGUGAUUUAUUGUCCAGAUUUAUGGACUCCUUAGUAAUAAGCUUCUGUUUUUGUUUGGCUUGAAAUAAUAGGUAUAAAUACAGGUCGCCAUCUUUGUUAACAAGUAUUGAUAUUCUUUUAAGAAAUUUGUUAAAUUAUUUCAGGAAGUGUUUAAAUAAAUUAAACCGUCUUUUUAUUCGUCGACACAAAUUGUGUGCAUGAAGCAAAAUGACUUAAAACUUCAUAUACUAUCCGAUUGAGAUUGCGUAAAAUCGGAUAUCAACUGGUGGAAAUGAACAAAGAUCUGUUAACUUAAAUUCACGACUUUUUAAAUCGCCUGGGAUUCUGACCACGGUCCAGAUUUAAUUUACAUCAUUUGAUUCAAGCCGCCCCUCGUGGAGUUCUUUUAUCGCAAAAUGCUUCAAAGCUUCUUUCAAAAUAUAUCGAAUUGAGUAACCGAACUUGUAACAAUUUUAUAAAACGAUUUUAUACCAAGUAUUCUCUGUAUACUUGGUGAUGAAACAAGGCUAAUGAAAUCUUUCGCAAAUGCGAUCCUUAAUAUACAAGUUUAUAUUAAAAUUAACUCGCAUUUCUCGCGGCUUAGCAAUAAGUAUUGCCAUAAAGGGAAGUGCGGAAAUGCGAAACCUGAUUAUGAUUUUAUAAAACGCGAUAAAUGCAUCUAUGGAGGUUAUAAAAGAGAACAUAAAAUAACACCUUUCUUAUGAUAAAAUUUUUAUUUUAAACAUAGAAAGGGAUUUUGAUGGCCCUCCCACGUCGCGGAGGACGUUAUCUUUAGAUUUAGAGUUUGUUGAAUGUUACAAGCAUUGGUAAUUCAAGGGCCAUCUUAUGCGAAUUUCUCAGGUGCUAUUUUUCUGAUUUAUGUGUAAUAUAAGUGGUGAAGACAAUUUUUUUUAUGUUUUAUAUUUAGACGAUGCUAACAUUUAUUAUACUGUACCAAUUUUUUUGUUAAAUUUAUUUUAGACAUCUGGUAUAGUUUUAUUUUCUUUCACCAUUAUCAAUGUGUAUAAUAUAACUGUUGUCAGUUACUGAAUUCUCAUAAUGACAUAUUUGAAAGGAGCUGUUUAAGUAUUCAUAAUGUUCCCAGAGAGGCUUGCUUUUAAUACAGUGUCCGCUCCGAACAUUUUUUAAUACUUUACAAAACUAGUGAACUAAUUCACAAGUACAUGUAUUCAGCUCAAAUAAAAUAAAUAGAUUUAAUGCAGCUAAUGUUGUGCUUGUAAAACUUUAGAAAGGAGACAAUAAUGUGAGAUAAAUUAUAAAUAUUUUCGCUUAAAUAAAUUGUUUGUGUUUUUGU